CCCCAACCUGCACGUUAUCCUGAAUUCUCAAUGUCCAAUGUCCAUGCCUCAGCUCCCAUCACGACGGGUGGAGAUAGCAACCUCCGGUGGCUCUGUGGUGACCCAACGCUGGGGACCAGGAAUCCAGUCCACCCAUCGGUGGCAGGUCCCAAAUCGCCACGAUCAUGUGGGGAGUGCGAUGCUGGCGCUCCAAAAAUGGAGUCACUCAUAUGGGAAGAAUCUCCCCACUCUUGGUUGGAAAAUGUUGCAGAAGCCACUAUCCCAGGCUCAGACACCCCUUCAUCCCCUUCGCCACUGCCACCAGCUCCCAAAAAACGAAACAAGAGAGCAUCGCGGAACCCACAAAAGCAGGCAGCUUGGCUUCAUUGGCGCGAGAACGUGAUAUAUAAAGCAGUGGGAAUCUACUUAGAUUUGGAGGCGAAGAAGGCGGGCCGUAUAUCUCUUGGUACCCCUGGUGAGACGUUGUUUGAUGAAAACGGAUGCCUGUGCACACCGAUAGCGUCGCUCUGCUCUCGUUGCAACACAUACCUCCGGUUUCAUUCACUCAUGAUGAUCACAUCCUCAAGUAUGUUGGUAUCCUGGCUUCUCUAAUAGUGGUUUAAUGACCUCACUCCAGGUGCCAUGCAGCGUACGUUUGAAUACUGCGAAUGUCCCUCCAAUACCCUCCCGCUUAGCACCAUCCAGUCCGGCUACUUUCCCGGGUCAUCUGUGAUACCUCAGGUUGCCUUCCAUUUCGACGUCUUUUCCCUAUACCUAGCUUUGAAUGUGAGCUUGUCUACUCCGAUUGCCUCCUUCCAUGCCGCUUUGUUUGGCAUAUUGUGGGAGAACGGUUAUGGAUUCCCUGUCAAUGAACCCUUUCUAGGCCCGUUUAGUGAAGCGGUUACAUGGUUUAAGGCCCUGCGGGACGUCGUAGAGGUUGAAACAGAAAGAGAGUUUCUCCUACCCACAGGCCCUGCGGAGCUUGAUGCACCGCUAUGUCUUGACGC